AUGUCCCAGCCAUCUGCACAUGUGCAGUCCGUAUGGCUUACGCUAUGGCAGGGAAAUCCCCUUCUCUACAUCGCCAUGAACUUCUCAAUGACAGCCAAUGCCGCUCUCGUCACGCUACUUCUUGUCGCCGUCUUCUCCGUAGCUUAUGAUCGGCUCCGUCUAUACCUAGUUCGUCGCACUCGCCGGACCUAUAGCUACACCCUUGUCAACGACAAACUUGAAACCCCAACGUCAAUUCCAGGCUUACUCUCAUUACUGGCACGCACUAGUCGUGGCCCUCGCUCAAUCCUUUGGGCGAAAGCGAUGUGCAACAAGGGACUCUUCAUCGGCGUGCAGUGCAUCAUCAGUCUACUCGUUGUUCAGAUAGCGCGGGUAAUUGCAUCUACAUUCGCAACCGAUCGCAACGUUCAAAAGCAAUGCGGUCGCCUGUUAACGAGGGGGCUAGAGUGCUCGGCUGCAACAUUCCAUCACGACUGGCUGAACGCUCUAGCAGCCAUUGGUCUUUUGGCCUGCAUACGGGGCUUCCAACUACAUGUUGACUUCCCCAACCGCCAACACGAGAAGGGCGACUACAGCCCUGGGUUCCUCUCCUUUGAAGAAAAGUGUCGAUGGAUGAUGCAGAGGCUCCUCGCAGCGCCCAUCGCUGUGGUUGUUCUACACUCCCGUGUAUCAGGGAAUGAAAUGUGGAAGCACGCCAAACUACUACUCAUUCAGGUUGCUGCGUCCAUCAGUCUCUUUCUCGGUGGUAAUCUUUUGUGUUUGAUUGCUGCGCUUCCAGACGUACAAGAUACUCUACAUGCACUGGAGGUAUCAGGACUCACUGGAAAGACAGAAGUGUGA